GAAGGUAAGGUUACAUGGCGCGACGUUGUUCAUAGCGUAAGGUAGCGUUAGGUGGACAAUUGGGGCGAUGCGGCUAUGACAUGGGCGAUCGUCCUUGUAUGUAUAAAUGCUAGAAACAACCACGUCCUUCGAAUGUGGAAAUAAGUCUCCAUCAACAAUAACGCUCCAUUCUCAUAUUAAACUUCUUUGGCUGUCUUUCAUUCCAUUGCAACACUUGUAAAUAAUUUCAGUCACAAUGUACUUUACCGCCGCCGCUAUCUUUGCCCUAGCGGCCACGGCUUCCUCUGCCGCCGUCCGCCGCGCUGAUUACGGCUCUUGGGACUUCUCUGGAUUCGUCUCAUUCCCCGCUAGCGGAUACCUCUCCUACGGUGUCGACGCAACGUACACGAACAGCAAACUGGCCGCACCGAUCGAGGUGACUUGCAGCUACCUCUACAACCCACAGACGAAGACCGAGACCGCAUCAUGCUCUGACCCGAGCUUCACCUACGAUUUUGGUGGCGUCCGCAUGGCAAACACCAUCUCAACCGUGACCUUGACGCAGACUGUUGACCUGGAUGGAAACACCGUCACCGUGACUGGCGCGCAGGAGUUUGAUUGGGAUUUUAGCAGUGGCUCUGGGCGUUCUGGAACUGCCAAGGGAUCAAUUGCGGCUCAGACUGCUACCGCUUGAAGCCUGAAGGUUGCGAACGAGACAAGGUGUGCGUCGAUACGAGCGGGAGCUUAAGCUGGAAACAAAUGUCACAAAAGUGAAGGGUAUUCUGAUACAUACUUUGAACAUUUCAUCAUCUUGACUUAACAAGUCGACACAUAAUCUCCAUGGUUUCGACAUGCCAUAAAGAUACACUGUGGCUUGUGCGCGAAAAUUGAUCGAAACUUAAGUUCAUAUUUUAAUACCCUUUCAUUAUGUUGUUGUGCUGGCUGCUUGCGUUAUGGCUACUCCGGAACUUGUUAUCAACUGAUACAGAUUAAUUCU